CUUGCUGUAAGCAAUACAACCCAAAUUCAAGAUUGUAUUUUGAGAAAAACCCAUUUCUACAAACCCAAUCCACAACACAAAUACACAAUCACUUCAAGAAAAAUGGCGGAUACGAGGAGAAAUGAGUUCCAAGAUAUGUUGCCGGUGAUGGCUGAUAAGCUGGGCGGGGAAGGGCUGAUCAGAGAGCUGUGUAAUGGGUUCAGGCUGCUGAUGGAUAGGGAGAAAGAGGUGAUAACGUUUGAGAGCUUGAAGAAGAACUCGGCGCUUUUAGGGCUGCAGGAUUUGAGGGAUGAUGAGCUGCGGAGCAUGGUGAAGGAAGGGGAUAUGGACGGCGAUGGGGCUCUGGAUCAGAUGGAGUUUUGUGUGCUCAUGUUUAGAUUGAGCCCUGAGUUGAUGCACGAGUCUGAAGCCUUGCUUCAAAGAGUUCUGCAACAAGAUCUUAAGACUGCUGAUUCUUGGUUUCGUAGCAAUUAAGGAAAUUUGCUUCUUUCUGUCAUCAAAACAUGUUUUUUCUUCUUCUUCUUUUAUCCAUUCAAUUCUCCACUGGAUUUUGCAGUUCCGAAGGAAUGAAUUACUGUACCAUAAAGACUGAAAACAAGAAUUGGGUAUUUGAAUUUCUUGCCCGAAUACUGACAUCGUUAAUCAAUCCAUCAUUUAUGUACAUUUUUACUUUAAUUUCCAUUUUUUUUGGGGAUUAUGAUUCA